UCUCUCUCUCUCUCUCAUUUCUCUCUCUAAAAAGAUGGAGGACAGUUCGUCGAGGCAGGGCACCGUGACGUGUGCUUCGUGGAUCAGGCGGCCGGAAAACGCCCAUCUCGUGGUGGUGGGAAAGGCCAGGCACCGUGAUCAACCCUCGCUCAUCGAGAUCUUCUCCUUCGAUUCCAAGACCUCCUCUCUCUCUUCCGAACCCUCGGCUUCACACGUGAUUGAAGAAGGGGACCCUGUCAGCAUCGCCGUGCACCCAAGCGGGGACGACUUCGUUUGCUCUAUCACCACUGGUGGCUGCAAAGUGUUCGAGGUGUACGGUCAUAAAAUGUCGGCCAAAGAAUUUGUUCCUCUCCAAGGUAGUGGCUUUCAGAAAUGCCUAGCUUUUAGUGUUGAUGGAUCUAGAUUUGCUAGUGGUGGGGAGGAUGGGCAUCUCAGAAUCUUUGAAUGGCCAAGCCUGCGUGUCAUUUUAGAUGAACCAAGAGCUCACAAGUCCUUCCAAGAUAUGGAUUUUAGCCUAGACUCAGAGUUCUUAGCUACAACAUCUACUGAUGGUUCUGCAAGAAUAUGGAAGACAAAUGAUGGUGUUCCAGUGACUUCUUUGACUCGCAACUCGGAUGAAAAGAUAGAACUAUGUCGGUUUUCUAAGGACGGAACAAAACCGUUCCUUUUUUGCACUGUUCAAAAAGGUAAUAAAGCACUCACUGUUGUUUGGGACAUAAGUGAAUGGAAAAAAAUUGGGCACAAGAGACUACUUAGAAAGCCUGCUUCUGUAAUGUCCAUGAGUCUGGACGGGAAAUACCUUGCUCUAGGAAGCAAAGAUGGGGAUGUAUGUGUAGUUGAACUGAAAAAAAUGGAGGUCUCCCACUGGAGUAAGAGGCUUCACUUGGGUUCACGCAUUGCAUCGCUCGAGUUCUGUCCUAGUGAAAGGAUUGUGCUUACUACUUCUAAAGAAUGGGGAGCUAUGGUGACUAAGCUAAAUGUUGCUGCAGAUUGGAAAGAGUGGCAGGUCUAUUUAGUUCUUCUGGGAUUAUUUUUGGCAUCUGCAGUUGCAUUUUACAUAUUCUUUGAGAAUUCCGAUUCAUUUUGGAAUUUCCCUCUCGGGAGAGAUCAACCUGCAAAACCAAGGAUUGAAGCUAUUUUUGGAGAUCCACAGUCUGACGAUCAAAAUAUGUGGAGUACAACUGACCAUCUGGAUCUGUAACCAGUUGUUAGAUUCAGUCAGACAUUAUAGGAGGUGGGAUCGGCCCAGGGGUACAAAAUUAAACUCUCUGUUUGCUAGGUGUUUUUCGACUUGGACCAGCCAUUUCUUGGCCUUUUUAACGUGUAGCUCUUAUAUAUUUGAGGAAGUGUUUCAAGAUGCAGAUUGAUAUUUGUUACUUUGGCGUUUGAGUUGACAGUGAGAAGCUUUUAUUGAACCAUUUUACUAACAUGGCAAUUUGGGGAAGAAAACAUUUUGUUUUAGAAGAGAAGAAAAUAACAGAAAAACUUGGAAAUAUCAUAGAUUUGAAGUAGUUGGUAUUUUGUUUCUGAAAAA